AUGUUCAAAGAUAUUGCACUUCUUCUUGUCGGUUUGGCAAGUCUUUCUAUGGCAGGUUCGUUUCAGAAUUCUCGAUAGGCGAGCAGAUCAGAAAAUAAAUCCAUUAAAAAGUUUGCAAUGAUGGUUAACACUAUCAUAUUAAAAGCUACUAAGAAAGGUCUUCAAACAAUCAGAAAAAAAUUUAGUAUCAUUUUCCUAACGAAAAAAGGAUAAGCUUUGUGAAACUUCCCAAAAUGUCCAGUUUCAGAAGGUCUGAAAUGCCAAAACUGUUAUUCUGCCAACUCGCAGGCUUGUCUCACUGCUCCAGACUGUGAAGCCGAUUUUUGCCUUUACGGUAGUUACUUGAAACUAAUAAAACUUUCAAAGAACCAAUCUCAGAGCAAAUCGUUCAGUCCGGGGGACGAGUCUACAUCCGGAAGACAUGCGCCACAUCCGACAGUUACCGGUUCGACGACGGCGUCGCUGUCACUCAGUACAACCAAUGUGUCACCAAGUAUUUCAAUAUUCCUAGAAAAAAAAUAGAAAGCUCGAAAUAAAGAUGAAAGUUACAGAAAAAUGCAAACCUCUCUAUUUUUAUAAAAAAAAAAACGAUUUAUGAAAAGAAAAUAAAUGACUGUUUCAGUUGAUUUUUCAAAAGUUUUUGAAAUUAAAACUAAUUUAUUCUGCUAGUUGAAGUAUGUAUUUGAAUUAGGGCUUCGAAAAGCGCUUUAGUGAAUCAAAACUCAAUCUGAUGAGAUAGCCGUUCAGAACGACGGGUGUUGGACAGUACUACAUAAUGCUCUGCAACUCCGGGGAUUACUGCAACACGAACUGCGUGACGAGGCCUCCGGUGCAGCCGACGACGUUGGCGCCGAUUGGCCCCGUGCCCGCGGGAGGACCAGGUACUUUCGAAAGCUCAAAAUUUCCAAAGCCUUCUUUCCCAAGUGACUUGCUACAACUGCGAGACGACAGACGGCACCGACUGUCAGUCGGCCACUUGCCAGGGAGCCUACUGUUUGUAUGGUUCGACCUUGUUCUGGUCUUUUUCCAAUUAUACAUAUCCAGAAAGAAGACUGAGCGGUAAUCAGAUGUUCAUCAAAAAGUCGUGCAUCAUCGAGCCUUUGAUUCUUCUCGACGACAACACCGCCGUGGAGGGCGUCGACAUCUGCGAAGUCAGGUAAGCUCGCGUCUCCAUUCUCUGGACGUUGGACGUUUCCAGAAACACGGCCACGAGCAGAUACUUCGUCAAAAUAUGCAACGACGUGCAUUUCUGCAACAAUUAUUGCUCUCCCGGACAGUCGCCCACGAUCCCCCCGCAAAGACGUUCGUUUUGACGGAAAAUGAAAGAAAAGAACAGAAAGAUCUGAAUUUUGCCUUGAUAGAGACAUUGGUUUUUGAAAGUAAGGAAUUCGAUCUCCGGAAGUUGAGCGCCCUUGACAAUGUAUGUACUCGAAACUUUGGAAUUUUCUUCACUUCAUUGAUAUCCUCAGCAUAAAAAAAAUUUUUUUACUUCGAAAUUUUCACAAUAAAUUGGUUCACAAGGUUCUUGAAGAAAGUAAUUUUCCAUUAAAAAAACGCUUGUUUAAUUUUUGUGCGUGGAGUUUUUGAGAUUUUUUAGAUAAAGUGAAUUUUAAAUUAGUGAUGAAUUUGAUCAUUUUUAUGAUCAAAUUCAUCACUAAUUUAAAAUUUAUUAAUCUGAACAUGUGCGAUGAUUUAAAUGUACCGGAUUAUAAGAAAAAGAAAUGACAAACUAGAGUUAAUUGGUGACCUGAGUAGGAGAAAGAAGUUUUAGAGAUAAGGGCAGGACAAAUAAUGAUCUGUGCCCAGAAGAGGAGCAGAAUAUGAUUUCUGAUGGAGUAAGUCGAGUUUAAUUGUUUUCCUUAUUUUGCAGAGCCCCUAGUGACUUGCUUCGAUUGCGAAGGCUACGGAAACGAAUGCUUCACGGGCAGUUGUCAGGCCAACUACUGCAUCUAUGGUGAUUUUGAAAAAGAAACUUUUUUUUCAAAAAGAGGCUGAAGAGCUUCAAAGACGUUUGCCGACUGGAUUGACAUAUAUCAAGAAAACCUGCUCCGCCCUUCCCUUCGUGGAGUAUCCCGACAACACUCCGUCGACGACCAUCAACCAGUGCGAAUACAGGUGACACUUCAUCCGAAUCCGAAGUCAUUCCCUUCGUUGCAGGACCAUCAACGACAUCGAGUACCACAUCAAAGUCUGCAAUAGCGCAGCCAACUGUAACACGGCCUGUCCGGCUACUCCGGGUACAUUUCUUUAAAAAAAUAGUUCAUUUUUUCUGACAAAUUAGUAUUCCCAAACCAGUUCACCUCUAAAAUAGCUCGUAAAAAACUUUAUUCCGGCAAAUGACGACGAGCAAUUGCAGGACAGGUAUCGGUGGUUUGUACGUCAUGUCAAGCCAAUAAUCAGGACGAUUGCUCCGGAGGAACGUGUCAAGGAGCCUAUUGCAUCUUCAGUGAGUUUGGUCUUGAAAAGAAAUCUACUGUACUAUUCGAAAAACUAUCGCCGAAGGAUCGAAAAUUGAUAAUUUUAUGACUUUGGACACGUACUUUCUCCAAAGGAAUUUCUACAAGUUUUCAACUUCAUAAGUGUUUGAUGAAACUUUUCAGUAACUCUUUCAUUUUCCAUGUAUCUUCUUGUUUCAAAUCAAACGGUUUUUUAAGAAUUCAAAAAUUAUGUCUUAAAUUUUCAUAAUUCUCCAUUUUUGAGUUUGCAAAUGAAAUUUAAUGAAGAAGAUCCUACUUUGAGAAAUUGGGAUAUCCUCGAAAUUAGCUCAGAAAAUUUUCGAGUCUUUUUGAAAAUUUGUGAUGUUUGCUACGAAAAAAUCGUCUGAACGCACAUCAUUGAUUUGGAAAAACAAUACCUUUUCAUACUUGAAGGUCGUCAAAAGACGACGUCGGGAAGCUUGGUGAAGAAGUCUUGUGCGAAUGAAGCGACGCUCAGUUUCGGCGACAACUCGCCCUACACCGACUUCAGCCACUGCCAAUUCAAGUCGCUCGAAAAUCCUUAUCAGAAUAAUCUUUGGUUCAGAAACGUGAACGGAGUGUCGUACGCUCUGAAGGCGUGCAACUCUUCGCUGUGCAACACGGCGUGCGCAGACGGAGAUCCUGGAUACAAUACUUCCAACGAAGGCUUCUCCACUCUCCGGGCUUUCUUCCACAGUUCUCUACUUUUGUUAACGCUUCAUUACUGCUUUGUGAUUGAAUAAAUCAAUAUUUUUGUUUUCUCUUGAUAUUCUGUUCUCAAGCAUGGAGAAACAGAAAAUUUUCUGAAAACCUCGUUGUUUACAAAGUUUUCUUCGGCCAAGUUAACCUCUUUUCUAAGAUUACCUUUAAUCAGUUCCAACCAAAAUCAAAGCCGAUCCAUUUUCUGGACCACUAUUCGGAUACUCGUUUGAAUGACGAAAUUUGAAAAAGAAAAAUAAAUUCAGUAAUCAAACUAGCAUUCAAUCUCAAUAUUUUGAACGGUCAUACACUGUUCUCUAUCUAUUUACUUAUCUCUUAUUUCCAUUUUAUUCGAAUUGAAAUGAACUUUUUUGAGGGUUGCGAAUAAAUAAUGAAAAUAGUAUCUAGACAUAAUUUGCAAAAAGGCCAACACACUUUUUUGAAAACGUGUUAAGCUUGUGGAGAACGACUGAUAGCGUUGAAUGGAGGCCACUUGCGGACCAUUUUUUAGUGUUUCGCAUGCUAUCUGGGGAGAAAGAGAAAGGAACGAGAGAGACUGCCGAGUUCUGUUUGCACUGACUGUGGGCCGGCGAAAGCUCCGAGAGGGCCAUUCGACGCUGAGCAACGACGCCAAAGUACUCAUUCUUCAAUUCCACUCUUUUGGUCUUAGCAAACCCUUCCCGUGUGGUCAUUCCUUUACUAUAUUUGACAUGAGAUCUAGAUUUGAUAUUAUGAAACGAAGGACUGAAGAACUAAAAAUAAUUAUAUUAAAAAUCAAUGAAAAUCUUGUCGGAAUCCUUUUUACUAGGGAAUCGAGUCAUAAAAAUGUUGGAUAAUCGAUUAUUUGUUGCUUUUUUCUCAUAAACCUGUAGUUAUGAGGAGCUCUGUAGUUAUCUUUUCGAGAUGAUGCUUCCUGAAGAUGUGAUGGACUCCUUGAAACUUUCCUCAGAACAUAAGUCCUGAUUAUUCACUUCAAUUUAUGAAUGCCAAGCUUCUUCCGCUCAUUUGACAACACAGGAAACAAAAAUGCUUUUUUUAAACACAGUACACAACUAAAGCUCAUUUCCUCGAUUAUAUCUUCUCGCAUUCUUUAAACAUUUGAUAACCUUUUUUUCGAAAAUAUUCCCCCCGCUCUUGAUUAUGUUGUUUCUAAUUUCCCUAAAGUUUUUUUCUCAGAUUUUUUUGUGUUUUUAACCUUCUAUAUUUUUUUAAUGAACAAUAUUCAUCGUUCCCAUUUCCAUGCUCUUUUUUUUAAAUUUCCAAUUUCACAACUUUUUUUGGAAAAUCUUGUCAGAAAAUAUUUUAUGGGGUUCACAACAUAUGAAUUUUCAAUUUUCGAAAAUUGUUCAAACUUCGAAUAUUUUUUUAAAGGCGAAAUAGGACCCCAUGACGACAUGCCCCAGGCAACGGCUGUUUCCGCCCUUUUUGAGGUUUCCCCGUCGACCAAAAUAAGUCUUCCUCUAGAUAUCCAGAAAUUAGGUUUUUGCUUCUAUGUUUUUUUCUGCACUACUCCUUACUUACGUUGUUUGGCUAGAAUUAUCUGGGAACUUUCGAGGAACUUGAUAAAUUGAUGAAUUUGGAAUGAAAUUUUUUUAAUUUUCACGGUAAAAGGAAUUUACUCCGCUCCCUCCUCGAAUCUUCCUUCGUGAUAGAUAUUCUUUAUCAAAUUGCUGACAAUAUUUUUUCGAAGAACAUUUAGCAAAAAAAUAAAAGUCGUGUCAUCCUUCGAGCUGAAAAUUUUGAAAAAUUCUGAUAAUUUCGAUCAAAAUUCAUAUGAUGAUUCGAGCAAAAUGAAUAUUUUUGUUCUCGUUCACUUGAAAUUAAAAACAUUAGGAGCAGAUAUAACUUAUCACUACGAUGGCUUCGACUCACCCUUUAUCUCUACUUUGUUUCCUUAAAACUUUCGUGAUAAGCGGAAAUGGAAUUCAGUUUCGUAAUUGACUGAUUACAGUCCAAGUUCAGAUCUCAUAAUUUGAAGAUCAAAGGAACGUCACCGAGUAUUCGAGUGAAUCAGCAGUUCGAUAGCAGCAGGUCCCGCCUCCUUGACGGUACUCGGGGCGACUGCUCAGUUGCAACUUGCAAGGGUUCGCUUCAGUGAUGGGGCAGUCCGUGUCUCGCGACGACUUCAUCUGGACGCUCACAGAGCAGCCGCACAUGGAUCGCCGUGAGAUCAUCGUCAAGAAGUAUCCCGAAAUCAAAAAGGUUAUUCUUAUUUUUAUUUCUCUUUUCAAAACUUUCUCAAAAUAAAAAAUAUUCACUCAUUUUUUUUUAUCAAUAAACUAUAUUGAAAAAAAGUACUUGAAAAUUUUGCCAAAGACAAGUGAAAAUUCAUGGAUUUUUUUACGAAUUAUUCUCUCAGUUGGUACCAAUCAAAAAAGUGCUCAAAUAAUCGACCAAAGAAGACCAAAAAAGGAGUUUAAAAAAAGGAUUGCCCACCAGGAAGUAAGUUUUUCUGGCCACAAUUUUCCUACGUAAAACAGUCUACUCCCUAUUGUUUGCUCAAAAGUUCAAGCGCGAAACCGCAACAAGGCAGACUUCAGUUGACAUAGAUACACAGCAAAGAAAUCUUCCACACUAUUUACUGCAAAGCCUUUUUUUCAGCUUUUCGGCGUGGACCCAUCCUUGAAAUAUGUGGUUUCUGCAAUGGUUCUAUUUCAAGUCUUCAUGUGUUGGCUUCUGCAAGGUUUGAACAUUGCCUUGAAAGUUCGUGCAUUGAUGAGAAACGAAUACACAGGUGUUCAAUUUGCGUGAAGGCCGCUUCCCGAUGCAAAAGUCCUUGUUAUAUUUUGAUAAUGACUUCAGUGUACAAGAAGGCUCAUCAUUUUGAACAAUCGAAAAACACCGAGUCUAUUGCCGAAAUGAACUCUUUUUAUAAAAAAUGUUUCUUGUCAGAAAAAUUACCGAUCAUUUGAACAAAUGUUGAUGAAUAAAUUGAAAAAAAGCUCUAAUAAAAAUGAUACUUUAGUUUCAUAAAGUAAGGAGUUGAGGAAACAUUCUCUUGUGCUUUUCAGACGCGGACUGGACCUUGGUGCUUCUCGAGAGCUACCUCUGCGGCGGCGUCAUCAACCACGCCAUGACUCUCGCCAUUCACGACAUUUCCCACAACACGGCCUUUGGCAACGGUCGGCCGCUUCUCGUCAGUAUCUUCACGUUUAUAAUCUUUGCCGUAGUCUCUUAUUUUCUUUGCUGAAUCACCUCUGUUUGCUCACUUCCCUCGUUUUCUGAAUUGAUAUCACAAGGACGUCAAGAACUUUCAGAAUCGGUUUUUUGGCAUGUUUGCCAACUUGCCAAUCGCCAUUCCAAUAUCAGUUUCAUUCAAAAAGUAUCACGUCGAACAUCAUAGAUAUUUAGGUUAGAACACCCAGAUUUCGCCUAGUAACCGUCUUUUCGCAGGAGAAGACGGACUCGACACUGAUGUCCCUACAGAGCUCGAAGCCAAGUUCUUUACCUCUCCGGCGAAAAAGCUGUUGUGGCUUGCCUUGCAGCCUCUGUUCUAUGGCUUCAGGCCCCUGAUCAUCUACAAAAAAGCGCCAACUGACAUGGAAAUUGUGAAUUUCAUAAUUCAGGUUUGUUCAUUUAGAGGUUCUCCCAUCACGUAGAUGUAAGACCAUAAAAACUAUCAUGCAGACUCAUCUCUCAAAACGAUUUUUAAAUUUUGCAGAUAGCCUUCGACCUGUUGAUACUGCGGUUUUUCGGCUUGAAAUCUCUGAUUUACUUGGUGUUCGGAACACUGAUCGCCAUGGGAUUGCAUCCGAGUGCCGGCCACUUUAUCUCAGAGCAUUAUGCCUUCAGCGAAAACCAAGAGACAUACAGGUUAGAAAGACAAGAUUUCAUAUUUUUCCCACAAUUGAUUCAGUUACUACGGUGCUUGGAAUCUCUGUACUUUCAAUGUUGGCUAUCACGUUGAACACCACGAUUUCCCUUAUAUACCUGGCCGUGACUUGCCAAAGGUUAUAUAUUGCAAAUAAUUCAAAAACACCGUUUUUCAGUUGAGACAAAUCGCUCCCGAGUACUACGAAACUUUGGAACAACAUCAUUCAAUGAUGAAGGUGAGGACUGUUGGGAAAUAUUCAGAAUGAUAUCUUUGGAAAUAUUGAAGAUUCUUCGCGACUUCGUGUUUGAACCCACAAUGGGACCAUACGCGAGGCUGAAGAGAAAGCCGCGAGCUCCACAGCAGUUCUACGGAAACAACCCUCUGGCGGUGUAUGCAGAAGCGGUCAGUUUAAUUAUCUAUACACGCCUGUUUGAGACAGUGCUACGACGGCCGGUCAAUAUUGCGCCGUCUGUUUCGGAAUCAAGAAGUUUUUUUAAUAUGUUUUCUUUUUUACAAUUUUUUAAGGACUCAUUUCUCACCCUUACUAGAUAAGUUACGUAAAAAAAAUGCACGAUUUUUCAUUUUAUUACCAAAAAACAUAUUCAAACUACCGUUAUAAGACCGGCCGCCUUAAACAGGCGUGUAUAUACAUAUAUAUAUAUAUAUAUAUAUAUAUAUAUAUAUAUAUAUAUGUAUAUAUCUGUGUAUAUAUAUCUGUGUGAGACUUUAUUUUUCUCUUUUAGCUCUUUCAUUACACGGGUUUCUACCAAAUACGAGAGUACGCCGAGUCAGUCUUCGAUCUCAACAAUAACAAAAAAGUUUUGUAA